CCUCACUCAGGUUCGGACCAGCCAAAUCCAGUUUCCCCGCCAGUGCUCGAAAAAGGGUGACGUUUCUGACCAAAUUAGGCUCCCUCGGACUAGGUGAUUUCGGAGAGGCAUGGAAGGGCGAAUUCCGUUCUACGCAAGAGACAGUUCUUAUCAGACGUGUUCCAGAUGAUGCUGUAAGAGCAAAGGACAUACUUGCCAGAGUAAAGGCAUUCUCCCAGCUUACAGAUCAUCCAAACAUCGUGAAGUGCUUCGGAUACCACCAAGACCAAAAUAUCAUCUUAUACAAGUUCAUUUCUGGCGGAACGUUGCUUACCCAUCUCCAAAUGAAAAGGGGGCAAGCCCAACCCACAUACAUGGCAUAUAACACCACCAAGCCACAGCGAGCUCCUGUGGAUGAAGUGGGCUUAAUCAAUUUCGCUCUGCAGAUUGCAAAAGGGAUGCAGUUCCUCGCAUCCGAGAAGAUCAUACACGGGGCUCUCUGCGCACAUAAUGUGCUGUUGGAUGAACAGAACAUGUGCAAAGUGUCGGACUAUGGGAUGGCCCAAACAAUGUUUGACAAAAGAAUCAGGCCAAGCAGAUGGAAUUCUCCGGAGACCACGUUAGACGGAGUCUUUUCUUCAGAGGCGGAUGUUUGGUCAUUUGGAAUCGUUCUUUGGGAAAUCAUGUCUUUAGGUGGCAGGCCCUAUCCUGAUUUAGAACUGGAUGAUAUAGGCAAGGAGAUCGCUAACGGGUACAAGAUGCCCCGUCCCCCACACUGCAAAAAUGAGUUGUAUACAAUCAUGAGCCGCUGCUGGGAGAGAGACGGCAGAAACCGUCUUAGCAUCGACGGAAUCGUAACGAACUUAGACCAAAUCCUAGUCCAGACCCAAGAUAGCCUGAAUUACUUGCUUCUCAGCGAUCUUGAUAACGAUACAUACCACGCCUACUCUACCGUGGAUUAAAGGCAUGAAUCCCAACUAAGGAUUAUUGAUUAACCACAGGAUUAUCUGAUUACCCAAAUAACGCUUCAAAAACGAUAAAUACUGACGUUUACAGUGUACCUAUGUCUUGCUUAUUUGUUUCCUGAUUAAUCACAGGGUUUUUGUUUUUUAAAGGCUAAGUUUGUAAAGAUUACUUGAUGUUAGUAUGAGUUUAUCAUAAACGAAUUCAUAAAAUUAAUGAUCAAUGAUAUACACUGUCGCUCAUUAAGUUGGAAU